AUGGUCUUAGCUGAUGAAGCAGGUGGUAAAAUUCAUGCAUCCUGCAAUAAAGCUCACAUGUUUCGUACUCAACGUAACCUUCCAAUUGGAGAGUGGCGUGUUGUUGAGAAUUUUAAGGUUUCCAAAGCAGCUAAUUUCGAUGAGCUUUCGAAAGGAAAGCUUGAUACAAAACUCCUUAUUGAUAUACUUGGUCAACCUUAUGACGUGACUGAAGUUAGGAUCGUUCAAGUGAAGAAUGAGGAGAGAAAGAUGAUUCAGUUUCGUAUGAGAGAUACAUGUGGUAACGAAGUUGCAUGUUGUCUUUGGGGUUCAUAUGCGGAAAAAAUUGAACAAUAUGCACAAGAAUCAGAUAUCGAGAACAAUGUUUUUUUGUUAAGAUUUGCAAAAAUCACUGAGUUUCGAGGCGACAUACAGGUCACGAAUGCAUUUGAUGCUACCGUACUUGAUCUCAACCCAACAGUUCCUGAGGCUGAUGUUUUCAAAGACAAAAUGAAGGAUGAUCUUCGGCCUCUGUCUCUUAAUGGAAAUAAAGAAGAGAAAAGAGAAAUCGUAAGCGUGAGAGACGAUUGGGAUGACAUUGGGAUUAACAUGAUCUGUGAAUUGUCGCAAAUCACUGAGGUGGAGAAGACAAAGAUCAUAUGUUCAAUUAAGACGGUUGACACAGACUGGAGAUGGUACUAUAUUGGAUGUAAGAGGUGUAGCCAUAGUGUUACUAUGAUCACUGGAAAGGGUAACACAACUGACAAGCCUUUAUUCCGUUGCCGAGAUUGUCGUGCCACCGUUUCUAAUGUUGAGCCAAAAUUCAAGCUCCAUUUGAUUGUUGAAGAUGACACUGGAACGUGUAAAAUUAUGUUGCUAGAUUCUGUGGCUAAAACCAUUAUUGGUGACGAGGCUAAAAAUCUAUGGGAUGGUUCAUAUGAAGAGAUUGAAGAUCCAAAGAUUUUACCUCUACCUAUUCAAGCUUUAGUGGGAAAAUCUUUCUGUUUUGGAGUUGCUUGCUCAGAUGGAACAGACAUAUAUAAAGUUUCAGAGGUCUGGUCAGGUGAUUUCAUUCAGAAAGUUGAGUCUAACUCGGAACCAGUAUCCCAGAUUGAAGGGGUGUCUUCAAGUUUGUCAUCCGGAGGGAUGUUGGCAAUCAAAGGAAACACUCAAGAAUCUUCUGAAUGUGCUACUCCAAUAUCUAAAAGAAAAGAAGUUGAUACUAAUCUACCAGAGCUCACUUCAACUUCAAAAAAGAUAUGCCCAGCUCCAAUCAAGCUCGAGAAGACUAAGACCGAUUAG